CUAAAUUUUCACAUUCCCGCCAUCAUCGGCUGCUCGUGGGAUGCGAGCGCAGAUAACAUCAUAGCCGGCAAAACUCACACACUGACAGUGCGUCACAUUGAGCGGAUAUAUUCAUUCUCCGGCGCUUUCUUCAAGGAAUUACCCUCCCGCAGGGCUUUUGUUGUAGAUCAUUGGUCGCAUCUGUUCGCCCUCAAUUGUGUCCAGAGCCGGAGUUUUGAGCGCCUCUUGCACUCAUGGCCGUCGCAGUGCCCAAGCUGACCAGCGGUGGCGCUGUCCGCAUCCGUAUCAGAUGUGGGGAGCUGGGGACCACCAAAUGGAAAGAGGGAGUCUUUGAAAUCCACGAGAGGGAUAACAAAAUAAACCUGGUAGUGAAGUUCAACAGUGGCGGUACGCCGAGAAUGUUUCAGCUGAAUCACAACGUUAAGCAGGUUUCGUGGUAUCAAACGCAUGGCCCAAACCGUGUGACUUUGACUCUGAAAGACUCCAGCGUUGUCAUGAUGGACAAACUGUCCAUAUUGGUUGCUAAAAAAAUGAAGGAAUACCUUGAAAAUGUGAGGGUUGGAAAACCAGCAGUUUUAAAGACAAACCAGGGAAGUGCUAGUUUUGGAUUAGUUCUUGGGAAUCGUGCAGCACAGAAUGACUCUGGUCUUUCUCCGUCAGAUAAACAGAGCACUCCCAGACGUCCAAGUCUCGACAGCAGAGAGGACAGCACACCCCGAAAGCCUCUUGGGAGUCCUAGUCGGGUAACUUCAACACCUGGCCGCAAUGGGCUCUCUGAGAACAGGAGUGAGAAGAGGAAGAGGCUGAUGAACUCUGAUGGUGAUAUGACAGAGGACUACCCCAAAGAGAAUGACUCUUCUAGCAACAAUAAGGCCAUCACAGACGCAUCCAGAAAGUUUCUGCUCAGCUGCAAAGAGAAACUUAAGCAGUCAGAGGAGAACAGGACAACUGCUCCACACACGCCUGCCCCUCUCCAGCCGACAUCCUUUUAUGGGAGCAGGACAGGAACUAAAGAUUAUUCACAGACCCAUUCAUUUUUUGACAGGCCCGGCAGUACAGGCCAGUGUCCCUCUGCUAAAAGAAGCCUAAUGUUACCCAAUCACUCAACUCCCUUUAAAAAGGUGCGCCCAACUUUGGACUAUGGUGGCUGGAACAAACCAAGAGCAUCCACAUUGGCUCAGCCUCAACCUCCACUGCAAGGAUUUUCCAAUCUUGGGAACACCUGUUACAUGAACGCCAUACUCCAGUCACUUUUCAGCCUGCCCUCAUUUUCAAAUGACCUGCUGAAGCAGGGCAUUCCAUGGAAGAGGGUCCCCGUAAAUGCUCUUCUGAGGCGUUUUGCUCAUCUGCUGGCUAAGAAAGACAUUUCCCCUCCAGAAGUCAAGAAAGAUCUUUUGCGGCGAGUGAAGAAUGCUAUUUCCUCAACAGCUGAGCGUUUUUCUGGUUACAUGCAGAAUGAUGCCCAUGAGUUCCUGAGUCAGUGUCUGGACCAGCUGAAGGAGGAUGUGGAGAAGAUCAACAAAAGCUGGAAGAACGAGCCCUCAGCCUGGGAGGAGCCUCAGAGCGCACGGUUAGCAGAUGAGGUGGACACUUCACGCAUUUACACCUGCCCGGUUACAGUCAACAUGGAGUUUGAAGUGCAGCACACCAUAACAUGUAAAAGCUGUGGAGAGGUGGUGACGAAACGUGAACAGUUCAAUGACCUGUCCAUCGACCUGCCGCGCAGGAAAAAAACACUCCCUUUGAGAUCCAUACAGGAUUCUCUAGAUCUCUUUUUCAGGAUGGAGGAGAUUGAGUAUUCCUGUGAAAAAUGCAGUGGAAAAGCAGCAACCGUCUCUCACAAAUUUAGCAGGCUUCCCAGGGUCCUGAUUCUUCACCUCAAACGCUACAGCUACAACAGUCAGCUGUCUUUAAACAGCAAGCUGGGCCAGCAAGUCCUAAUCCCCAAAUAUCUCACGCUACUCUCACACUGCACAGACGCCACACGUCCCCCUCUCAGCCUCGGCUGGAACGCACAGACGGCAAUCUCCAGGACACUGAAAAUGUCACAGUCGGUCAACUCUUCAACACUACGAAAAGGUUCUCAAAAGCCAGAAAGCUCGGGCAGUAUGUUGUGCGACUCUGAUAGUGAGGAGGAGCUCGUCAGAAAAGUCGGUCGCAAACAUCACUCAGAAGAUGAAAGGACGGAAGAGGUGCAGCACAAUGCACAGGUCGAGCACUCGGAGUUUAAUGCCAUCAAUGACGAGGAGAUGCUGGCAGCUGUGCUGGAGAUGAGUCGCCACGAUACUAGUUUGUCCGGAUGCCCCGAUGAUGAGCCAACCAGCAGCCCAGACACAGGGUUUGGAGAUGCUGACGGGCAGGACCUGACUCAUCAUUUAGAACUGCUGGAUGGAGAGAAACAGCCUGCAGAUGCUCUGGAGUCUCUAGAUCUAACCAUGGAUGAGAAUAAGGAGAACCAGACGCCUGAAGGUGUGCAGGGAGAGCUGGACUGGGUGCAGCAGUACAGUUUAGACCAGGAGCGAGAAGAACAGGAGCUGCAGCAGGCCCUCGCACAGAGCCUACAGGAACACGAGGCGAGAGAGAUGAGGGAAGAUGACGAUCUGAAGAGAGCUACUGAGCUCAGCCUGCAGGAGUUUAAUAACUCUUUGCCAGAGCUGCUGUGCUCUGAUGACGACUCUGGGAAUGAAGAUGGCCUGGAUAUGGAGUACAGUGAGGCUGAAGCUGAAGAGCUCAAGAAGAAUGCUGAGACUGGAGAGCUUCCGAACUCUUUCAGACUCAUCAGUGUGGUCAGUCACAUCGGCAGCAGUUCAUCAUCAGGGCAUUACAUUAGUGAUGUUUAUGAUAUGAAGAAACAGUCCUGGCUCACGUACAAUGAUCUGGACGUGUCCCGCACACAGGAGUCCACUGUUCAGAGAGAUCGUGACAGGAGCGGAUACAUCUUUUUCUACAUGCACAAAGAUGUGUUUGAGGAGCUGUCUGAGCUGGAGAAGGCAGGAGGGAACAGCGAUGCCGGUCGCACAGUGCUGCAGCCGCUAUAAACGCUCUUGUACGCUUUUAACAUCCCAUCCGGGUGGAUCCUUCUGCUGAUGAACAGCUGAACUGAGCCAAGGGUAAAUGUGACACCCUUCAUCAGUACUACUGAAGACCGUCCACACACACAUGCACCUACUUUGGGCACUUUUCCUUUCUAUUUCUCUUUCACUUUUCCCAUUUCUCCCUGUGAAAUACUGUUGCCGUUUCAAAUGUAGACUUGCAGUUAGAUGGGUAAAUGUUCUAGAAACUCAUAGGUACAAAAUGUUUAUAGGGAAAAGCAAAGAAAAUAAAUAUAUAAAUAUAGAAAGCAAUUUUGAGUUUCUCAAAAGGUGUGACUUCGAUGUCAAUGAAGUUGCUCUUUUUUUUUUUUU